GGUUGCAUCUAUCAGGAAAUUUUGCAUUGCAGCCCUGCAGUCCUAUAAUUUAGAACCGGAAACGCCGUAAUGACGGACAUGGCUAGCGACUGCAAGUACUCCUGCAAAACUCCGAGUGAAACUUUUCAAUGGAUUCGAGCGAUAAUGGAUUUCAUAAAGCCUUAUCGGUUCUUCUUUGAUGCGCAUGUCAGCAAUUUCUUCAAGGACAGACUAUGGGAAGCUGUCAAUAAAGAGUGGAUGGAUUGUUUACAAGAUGAACUUGUGGAAAAUCUUAUCCAAAUUCCUUGUGGUGUGGUACAGGAUCACUGGCCUGCUUCACUCAAAGAAUUUGUCAUCACUCUGAGGUCCCUUUCUCUUCCCAGAAAACAGGCAAAUUUGCAGGAGGAAUUCCCACUAUUGCACAUGGCCUCGCUGAGUACUGUUCUUGCUCAAGGCAUGAACCUUAAGAAAAAACACGAAGUGGAAGUACUUGCUGCAGUGGUGGGUGUGAUUGCCAAAGAUGUUGAAACAAAAACAAUAGUUGAUGUUGGCUCUGGUCAGGGUUAUCUUGCACAAGUGCUUUCAUUUGAACAUGACCUUUCUGUUGUGGCGAUUGAUGCCUCUCCGCAUCAUGGAAAGAUUACUAGAGCACGUGCUGAGAGAAUAAGGAAGCACUAUGCCUCAAAGAUGCGCAAAUCUGGAUUAGAUGGCAGAAAGUGGUGUGUGCCAAAGACAGUGACCUGUCAAAUAUUGUCCUCUGAGACAUUGAAGGCCUUGAGUAAUGGCUCACUGCAUGAAUAUGGUGUUGUAAAACAAUGCCUUUUAAGAGAAAGUUCUAUUGGACACAGUCCAGUUGAGGAACAUUUAAGUCCUCAUUCUUACAUGAUUGGGGAUUCAUCAUUGAUUCUAGCUGGACUUCAUGCCUGUGGAGAUCUUUCUGUGACUAUGUUGAGGACAUUCUUGGAUUGCGAUGAAAUAAAAGCAGUGAUCAGUGUUGGAUGCUGUUAUAACAUGCUCACUGAAGAAGCUUCUAUCAUGGAUGGUCCUUCCUCUGGUUUUCCCGUGAGUAAAAGUGCUAGAACUGUUGGCUUAUGUCUUGGAAAAAGUGCCCGCGAUCUUGCUUGCCAGAGUGCAGAUAGAUGGAGAGGCUUAGGUCAAGCUGCUGGACUAGACAACUUUGAAUUGCAUGCAUUUCGUGCUGCCUUUCAGAUGAUUCUAUUGCGAUAUUAUUCAGAUGUAUUGACAAAAAGUCCUGCAAUAGGGCGUCAUGGAAAAACACUACGCCGCAAACAUUGUAACAGAACCCUGGAGUCUAAUUUCCAGUGUCAAUGUCCCAAACAAUAUAGUGGAUCCUCCUCAGAGAACAUAAGUUAUGAUGAGAAUAAGUGUUCCAUGUCUGUCCUUGGCUGUAGAUGUGAUGUCAAGAAGGGUGUUGAAGGUUUAGCCUGUGAUGAUGAUGGUGCCUUCUUUAAUAAAACGUCUUCCGCUCUGAGUUCCAGAACAGGAACUGCUAAUUCAAUGGAUAGUUUUUCAUUAUUCAUAAAAUUCUGUGAAUCUGGGCUUGCCCGCCUUAGCCUCCAGUCACAGGAAAUAGAUUAUCUUGACAUAUGGAAGGAGACGCAACCUUUCGCUGGGAUGAUAGGGCCUUAUUGGUCUCUUCGUGCUGCUCUAGGGCCUGUUUUGGAAACUAUUAUUUUGCUUGAUCGGUUAUUGUUCCUCCAGGAGAGUGGUAAAUGCAUGCAAGUUGGCCUGUUUCCUCUUUUUGACCCAGUACUUUCCCCAAGGAAUAUGGCUAUAAUCGCUAAGAAAAUAUAGAAGCUUACUAUAUCUGUGAACUUGCACCAUUGUAUAUUUGUAUCCCAAUAUCCCAUUGUAGCAAUUGGAAAGUUUUCCAAAUUUAGAAAACAGAACUUUUUGGAAAUAUUCAUUCUUUAGAAGAGUAUUCUAGUUUAUUCUUUCUGUGGUUAGAGAAUAUAAAUCACAUCGUUAUGUCC